AUGUCAGGGUCAUUUUGGAAGUUUAGUAAUGGAUUUACUUCAUUAUCUAAUAUAUCAACGUUAUUAGAAGAAGAGAAUAAUAAAGAUCAAUUUGAAACUUUAUUAAAUUUAUUAAAUGAAAAUGAUUUAUUACAAGAAUUAUUGAGUAAUAAUCCUGUUUUAUUGGAUUUUUUAAGACAAGAACAAAUUAUAACUUAUUUAGUUGAUCUUGUGAUAAAUGAUGGUAAAAUACCUGAAGACAAAGAACUUCCGAAAAAUGAAAAGAUAAAAGAUGAAAAUGGACUGGAGGAAGAUGAAGAUGAAAAAGAAGAAGAGGAGGAAGAUGAAGACGAUGAAGUCGAAGAAGAUGAAGAAGAAGAAGAAGAUUUACCAACUAAAAGAGCAACAUUGGCUACAGAAAUAUUGAGUGCUGAUGUAUGGUCUUUAACAGAUACAGUUAUGGAAUCAACAACAAAUCUAAAUAAAUUAUGGGAUUUAUUAGACUCAAAAGUUAGUCUAUAUUUUAUAAAAAUAAUGGAGCAUUUACUAGAUAUGAAAUGUGACGAAACAAUAACUUAUUUAAUUGAAAAUCAACCAAAUUUGGUUGAAAAAUUUAUGAAACAUUUAUCGAAUCCACCAUUAAUGGAUUUUUUAUUAAAAUUAAUUUCAAUCGAUAAGCCUGACAAUUCAACAGGUAUGAUUGAUUUUUUGCAAAAUCAGAAUUUAAUUGAUAAUUUAUUAGCUAAUUUAGAGGAGUCAAGUGACGUUAUUAAAGCAAUUAUAACCAUUAGCGCAAACAGCAGUACAGAUUCUAACUGCAUCGGUCCCAAUGAGUUGACCAGGCAGUUAGUUCUGUACUCUGCUAUAGAAAAUCUUUGCAAACAAAUGCUUGAUGGUGGAAUCAAAUUAGCUAAUGGUGUUGGUAUUAUAAUAGAAAUUAUUAGAAAAAAUAAUUCAGAUUAUGAUGUUUUACCUGUAUUAUAUAUAACAUUAGAAUCUCAUCCUCCAACAGGUAGAGAUCCAAUUUAUCUUGGACAUUUAUUAAAAGUUUUUGGUCAAAACAUAAAGAAUUUUAAUGAUUUACUUGUAAAAAAUAAUGAAACAAAAUUAAAAACACCUUUUGGUGAUAUUGAACCUUUAGGUUUUGAGAGAUUUAAAAUUUGUGAACUAAUUGCAGAAUUAUUACAUUGCUCAAAUAUGGCAUUAUUAAAUGAUCCUAAAGGUUAUGAUGUUGUUAAAGAACGUGAUGAGUUACGAAAUAAAAUGAAGGAGUUUGAUCCGGUGAGUUUUAAAUAUAAUGAAGUAAUUGUAAUGGAACAUGAAUCAAAAGAACAUAAUAAUGAAGAUCCUGUAAUUGGAGAUUUUCUUAAAAUUGCAUUAUAUGAUACACAAAUAAUAAGUAAUAUUCUAUCAAUGUUUUUUAAAUUUCCAUGGAAUAAUUUUUUACAUAAUGUUGUAUUUGAUAUUGUACAACAAAUAUUAAAUGGAUCAAUGGAUAUUGGUUAUAAUAAAUAUUUAACAAUUGAUUUAUUUACUCAAGGAGAUUUAACAAAUAAAAUAAUAGAAGGACAAAAAUUAUGUGAUGAUUAUGAAAAAACCAAUGGUUUAAGAUUAGGAUUUAUGGGUCAUUUAACAUUAAUAGCAGAAGAAGUUGUAAAAUUUGUUCAAUUAUACCCUGACUCAUUUGAUUUGAUAAAUGAAAAAGUAGAAAGUGAAAAAUGGGAAGAUUAUGUAUCUCAUGUUUUAUAUGAUACUAGAGAAAAAUAUAAUGCAAUUUUAGGUGGUGAUGAAGAUACAUUUGAAGAAGGUUUAGGAGAAAUAAUUGAAGAAGUUAAAACAGGGUUAGUAUUUGAUGAUAAUUUAAAUUACAUGUCACAACAAUUAACGAGUACACCGCAAGAUGA